UUCCUCCCGCUUCUUCCAUCCAUUCGAAAAAAAAUACAUAUAGAAAUAUAUCCGGAGAGAGAAAGAGGCGCUGCUCUUUCAAAUCGCCAUUUUCGGAGAGAGAGAGAGAGAGAGAGAGAGAGAGAGAGAGAGGUGCAGAUCUAGGGUUUCGUUUGUUCAUUCUCAGGUUUUGAGAAGAGAGAGGAGAGCGUUUGAGGAAGGAUUUCUCAGAGAUUUCAUCAAUAUCAAGAGACAAGAUGGCAAUGGAGAUCACUCAGAUCCUGUUAGCUGCACAGUCACCAGAUGGUAAUGUGCGAACAGCUGCUGAAGAAAGCCUCAAGCAGUUUCAGGAACAGAAUCUACCCAUUUUUCUCCUAUCGCUCUCAGUUGAACUUUCGAAUGAUGAGAAGGCCCCUGAAUCCCGCCGCCUUGCUGGAAUCAUUUUAAAGAAUUCGUUGGAUGCCAAAGAUUCUGCUCGUAAGGAAUUGCUUAUCCAGCAUUGGGUUGCAAUUGAUGGCACGCUCAGAUCCCAGAUCAAGGACUUGCUUCUGCGGACAUUGGGAUCGUCCGUGCAUGAAGCAAGGCACACUUCAUCACAGGUGAUUGCUAAGAUUGCCUCGAUUGAAAUACCCCGUAAAGAGUGGCCUGAACUCAUUGGAUGCUUGCUCUCCAACAUGACCCAGCAAGAAAAGCCAGCUUCUUUGAAGCAGGCCACUCUUGAAACACUUGGUUAUGUCUGUGAGGAGAUAUCUUCACAAGACCUCGAACAAGAUCAGGUGAAUUCUGUCCUCACCGCUGUAGUCCAAGGCAUGACUCUCGCCAACCAUCCCGGCGAUGUCCGCCUUGCUGCGACUAAAGCUUUGUAUAAUGCUCUGGGUUUCGCACAAACCAAUUUUGAGAAUGAGAUGGAGCGGAAUUACAUCAUGAAGGUUGUAUGCGAGACUGCAGUGUCGAAGGAAGCGGAGAUUCGGCAGGCAGCAUUUGAGUGCCUUGUCUCAAUCUCAACAAUAUACUAUGACAAGCUUGAACCUUACAUGCAGACUCUCUUCAAUCUGACUGCGAAUGCAGUUAAGGGGGAUGAAGAACCCGUUGCACUUCAAGCAAUAGAGUUCUGGAGCUCAAUCUGUGAUGAAGAGAUUGAGGUCCAAGAAGAGGAUGAAGAUAGUGAGGGUGCUACCCAUUCACACUUUAUCGAGAAGGCUCUGCCAUUGCUUGUUCCAAUGCUGUUAGAGAUGUUGCUUAAGCAGGAGGAGGAUCAGGACCAAGAUGACAGCAUUUGGAAUCUAUCCAUGGCUGGCGGGACCUGUCUGGGACUCGUUGCAAAAACUGUUGGUGAUGCUAUAGUGCCCCUUGUGAUGCCUUUUGUGGAGGCUAACAUACUAAAGACCGAUUGGCGCAGCCGUGAAGCAGCCACCUUUGCAUUUGGGUCCAUUCUUGAAGGUCCAUCUGUUGAAGUUCUCUCACCAUUGGUUAAUGGGGGUCUUGGAUUCCUGCUAACUGCGAUGAAAGAUGGGAACAGCCACGUAAAGGAUACGACUGCUUGGACUCUAGGCAGGAUAUUUGAGAUCUUGCACUCCCCAGCUAGUGGAUAUUCAGUUAUAACUGACACAAACCUUGCUGGAGUUGUUCAGGUCUUGUUGGAGAGCGUCAAGGACACCCCCAAUGUUGCAGAAAAAGCAUGUGGUGCAAUUUACUAUCUUGCCCAGGGGUAUGAAGAGGCUGGGAGUAGUUCUUCAGUUCUCUCACCUCACCUUCCCAACAUUAUUGCUGCUCUUGUUUUCGCUGCGGAACGUACAGAUGGUAACGAUUCCAGACUUAGAGCUUCAGCCUAUGAGACCUUGAAUGAGGUUGUUAGAUGCUCUAAUCUAUCUGAAGCAUCCCCAAUCAUAGCGCAUCUCCUUCCUGUCAUCAUGAAAAAAUUGGAGCAGACAAUGGAGAUUCAAAUUGUUUCCUCGGAUGAUAGGGAAAAGCAAGGAGAUUUGCAAGCUCUGUUAUGUGGUGUCCUUCAGGUCAUCAUUCAGAAGUUGAGCGCUUCUGAUGACACAAAGCACAUGAUCCUCCAGGCAGCAGAUCAGAUGAUGCUCUUGUUUCUCAAAGUUUUUGCCUGCCGCAGCUCGACAGUGCAUGAGGAGGCGAUGCUUGCAAUCGGAGCAUUGGCCUAUGCAACAGGCGAGGAGUUUGCCAAGUACAUGUCGGAGUUCUACCGUUACUUGGAGAUGGGCUUGCAGAAUUUCGAGGAGUAUCAAGUCUGUGCCAUAUCGGUCGGGGUGGUUGGUGACAUCUGCCGUGCAUUGGAUGCGAAGGUCCUUCCAUACUGUGAUGGCAUCAUGACACACCUCCUCAAGGACCUCUCCAACACCUUGCUUCACAGGUCUGUCAAGCCUCCCAUAUUCUCCUGCUUUGGAGAUAUUGCACUUGCCAUCAAUGAACAGUUUGAGAAGUACCUUCCGUAUGCGAUGCCGAUGCUACAAGGAGCGGCGGAGCUCUGUGCCAGAUUGGAUGCCCAUGAUGAGGAAAUGGUUGACUAUGGAAACCAACUUAGAUGCGGCAUAUUUGAAGCUUACUCGGGCAUACUCCAGGGCUUUAAGAAUUCUAAGGCAGACCUGAUGAUGCCUUUUGCAAGUCACCUCUUGCAGUUUAUAGAAGCAGUCUUUGAAGACAAGCAAAGGGAUGAAGCUGUGACAAAAGCUGCAGUUGCUGUGAUGGGCGACCUUGCAGACACACUUGGCCCGAACAUGAAGAUAUUGUUCAAGGACUGCACAUUCCAUAUGGAAUUCUUGGGAGAGUGCUUUGAGUCAGAUGAUGAACAGCUGAAGGAGACUGCAAGUUGGACACAAGGGAUGAUUGGACGCAUUUUGGUCUCAUGAGGUGAAGUUGUUCAUGGUAAGGAUUCCAUUUUCUGUCCUGAUUAUAUGUUUUUUCCCCCUUUCUCUAGUGUUUGUUAUGUAUCAAGGAGUAGGAGCGACCAAUGUCCGACUUGCUAUCUCAGUAGGUGGAGCUGUGGAUGUUUAGAGUCUUUCGGAUCCAAUGCUUUUUUGGGUCCUUGUUGAGAGGAUGAUUCAGUGCUUUGCCACCUGAAUAGUGAUGUCUUGCUUCUUGAACUCUGUUAUUUGGAAUGAAUUCACUGAUAUUGUCAUC